AUGGCAUUAAAGUACUGUGAAGAAUGUAAUAACAUUUUAUAUUUAAAAAAGGAAGAGAAACAAUUAUUACAUUACUGUAUAACAUGUGAUAUAACAAUGAAAGUAGAUGCUACUCUUCUAUAUAAAAAGACAUUUAGAGAUAAAGUAGAUGAUAAAAGAAAAAAUACAUACAUAGGAUCAGAUGCAACACUACCACUUGUAAAAACAACUUGUGAGAAAUGUAAUGGUAAGAAUGUUGUUUCUUUUUUAAAAAAUAAUGAUGAAAGAGCUUUAAAUAACUUCUAUUUGUGUACUUUUUGUUUUAACGAGUGGAGAGAUUAA